CGUUUCACAGAUCAGAGUGCGACGACUGUGCAAAUCAGCUGGGCAAAUCUCUCUGGCCAGGGAAGUCUUGUUAUAUAUUUCACGAUCAUCGUUGACUUGAUAUUAGCUCGAAUGUGUUAGUGAUAUAGUUCAGGGAUACGCGGUCGAUCGAGCAAGCACACCGUCUGGUCUUGACACAGCCGAAACAUUUCUCUACUUCAAAUAGUUUCAGAUCUGGGAACAAUGCUCAACUCUACUUGGUUUGAGGUCCUCACAGUUCCUUGGGAAAUAGAGACGCUCUUUGACCCAUUACCAUGGCAACAAUGGAUGCGGCGGGAAGGGAUGAUUUUAUGGAUUGCCUGCACCGCCAUCUACCUCACCUUUAUCUUUCAAGGUGCCAAAUUUAUGGAGACGCGACCAAAAUUUGAGUUGCGCUUGCUCUUGGUCAUUUGGAACUCAGUGCUGACAGUUUUCAGCAUGCUUUCAGCGUGGCGACUCACGAUUGCUGCAUAUGAGCUUGUGUCCAAAGCGGAGAUGUGGAAUUCACUGGUCUGUGGUCCCAACUACUAUGCACCCGGAGGCGUCUCCGCGUUCUGGCUACUCCUCUUCGCUUUUAGCAAAGUGGCAGAGUACGGUGACACCGUCUUCAUAGUCCUCCGGAAAUCCAAGCUUAUACUUCUCCACUGGUUCCAUCACAUCUUGACAUUUCUGGUGGGAUUUCACACCUUCGCCUACAGCAAUCCCACCCUCUUCAUCUCAGCUCUGAUGAAUGUCUACAUUCACUCGCUCAUGUACUUCUACUACGUUGUUCGUAUUCUUGGGGUUCGGGUGCCAAAGCGUCUCUCGAUGAUCUUGACAACCAUUCAAAUCAUCCAGCUCAUCAUUGGAACCUAUGUCCAGUUCUACGCCGCGUGGAUUUAUUUCUUCGGAGGACACCCUUGUGAGCUGGACCUCUUUGGUGUUGUGGUGGGGUCAUUUGGGUAUGGCAGUGUUUGCCUUCUUUUCAUUGACUUCUUUGUGAAGUCCUAUAUUAUGAAAGGUAAUCGACAAGAGCGAUCUUCACUAAAAGUCGAAACUCAUAAAGAUCGGUAGUCCUACGACUAAAUGUUUAGAGGACAAGAGAUGUGCAAGAACCUGGCAUAUCGUUGGCCUUAUGCCAAAAGGGCCUUAACUGCUUUUGGCCAUUCCGAGAUAAUCGUAUUCGUAAAGGGCCGUAAUCUACUCAGCAUUAUGCCAAAAGGGGCGUAACCUACGCGGCGUUAUGCCAAGAGGGCCUUAACCUGCCGUUAUUGUACGCGUGCAUAGUUAGCGCCCUUCUGGCAUUAUUAUGUGGCAUAAAGAAAUUUUCUUGCUUCGCGACACCUUUGGUUUGUCAGAAAGCCCCUCCUACGGCUACUGGAUCACGAAAACUGAUAAAACUGAUUAAUUAAAAUGUUAGAAAAAGUAUUUUUGAUAUCUGAAUAUUUUUAUUAAUAUAAUGCAGCUUUCGGUAAAGUUAAUUUUUAGAGAUCGUACAUUAAGGACACCUUUUUUGUUGAUUAUUUUCAUCACAGUCCCAUACGUUGACAUCUGCGUAUUUCAACGAGUCGGUCGCAUUUCAUGCAUUCACACCUAAUUUAAAUCUCUCUCAGAUUUCAUGAUCUAAAUUCAUGACAUAUACUUUCAGUGAUUAUUUUAAUACAUUGUGUCUAUUGUGGACUAA